ACAUCUGCUAUCUGCUUCCAAAGUACCUACGAAUUCUAUAUAAAAAGAUUAUUCAUUCUGUGUUUAAAAAUGAGAAUAUUUUAUUUUACUGACAGUAUUAAUUUACACACAUAAAAUAAUAACAAAUAGCUUUUGCAUUAAUUCCAAAGAAAUUAAACUUUAUCUUAAUCAAUAGAUUACAAAAAUCGAAUUAAACUUGAGGAUUUAUUAGUGACUCAUUGCCAUAAAUGCUGAAAUUGUUCGCAUUUUUUCUUCUUUUACAAUUGCCGUUUAUUUUGUCAACCGGUGAAAUGUCUUCAGACUUGAGUGUUAAGUUCGCCCAGAACAGUGCCCAGUUUUCGGUUGAAUUCUACAACGCAUUAGCUGCUUUGAAUGAAGGCAAGAACAUCAUCUUCUCGCCCUUCUCCAUUCAGACAUGUGUCGCUAUGGCUUAUGCUGGCGCGACCGGUGAAACCGCCGAAGAAAUGGCUUCUGGUCUGAAGCUAGUUGAAAAUGAUCGUGCUCUGGUUGGGGAAUCAUUCAAGGGAGUUCUCGAUUCGUAUGCGAAUUCCAAGCUUCUUAAGAUUGCCAACAAACUCUAUGUCCAGGAAGGUCAUGAAAUCAAACCCGAAUUCAAUAAAAUUGCCGUGGAGAGUUUUAACUCAUCGUCAGAAGCAAUUAAUUUCGCAGACAGUGCUCCAGCAGCAAAAUCCAUUAAUAAUUGGGUCGAAGAGAAGACCAACAACAAAAUCAAAGAUCUGAUUUCUCCAGACAGUUUGGAUUCUAUGACCCGAAUGGUGUUGGUUAAUGCAAUCCACUUCAAAGGCGAAUGGGAGAAGAAAUUCGAGAAAGAAAAAACUGCCGAAGAGGACUUUUUCAUCAACGAAAAUGACAGUGUCAAAGUAGAGAUGAUGAAUGGCAAGGCCAAAUAUAAUUAUGGAUAUUUCGAAGAAUUGGACUGUACAGCUAUUGAAAUGCCCUAUCGGGAUUCAGAUCUUGUUAUGUUGGUGUUGUUGCCAAAUUCACGUACUGGCUUGAAGAGUCUCGAAGAAAAAUUACAGACUACCGAUUUGCAUGAACUUACAACACAAAAGAUGAGUGUGGAGGAAGUUGUUGUGAAAUUCCCUAAGUUUAAGGUGGAAUUUUCAGCUGAACUAACUGAACCACUGAAGAAGCUUGGAAUCAAGAAAAUGUUUAAUAACGAUGCUGAGUUCGGAAACAUUCUUGACUCCGAAGAGAAUCUCCAUGUCUCUAAAGUCAUUCACAAAGCCUUCAUUGAAGUUAACGAAGAAGGAGCCGAAGCUGCUGCCGCAACUGGUAUUAUGUCCGAUUGUUUUGAUGAACCAUUCGAAUUCGAAGCCAACAAAUCAUUUGUUUACUUCUUAAUAAAUAACACAAAUAUAUUUCAAAUAUAUUUUUGUGGAUCUUUGAUUGGUAAUGAAAAAGGCUUUCACAUAAGAAAAUCUCAGCGUCAAAAUCCUCAAUCAAAAUUAAUUUCAAGAAUUAUUCAUUAUUGGAAAUGCAUCUUUAAAUGACAUCAGAAUCUUCAC